AUGGCAGCCGAAGAAAGAGUUAGUCCGUUUCCUCUACCUCCGAGUGACUAUUAUAAACUUUAUACAGAUGAAAAUAUCAAGGCAAUGAUUGCUCCUGAACCGCCCCCUCCCAUACGUGGGGAAUAUUCGGUAUUUGGUUUACAAUUUGAGGUAUAAACAAUAGCAAUUAGUUUAAUAAUUUGGUGUUUAAUAUGGUAAAAAACAUUUUAAUAUAUUUAACAAAGUGACUAUAUGAUUUAUCAAAACUAUAUGGCUGGCAGUAUAGUGAAUAUAGUUAAAUAUAAAAAAAACUUUUGUUUGUACUAGCUUUUACCGAGCUUACCAUUAGCCGGUUAGCGUAUUCGGCAAAGGCGCUGUGUGCGGAAAGACGGGAAAGUGAAAUUAACGCAGUCAGGGUUGCCAGGUCAUAUUGUUACUUCGUAUAUUUAAUUUGCAUGCUUGAAAGUUGAAAACUGAAAUCCACAGGCAAGGGGCAACUUGCUAACUGACCAUGACCAAAAAGUGCCCAGGGGAUUAAUUGCCUACACCAGUGUGCAUUCCAUGCACUCCACGCCGGAUAUAUCCGGCGUGAGGUUACAAAAUUGUUGGUUACAUGUCCACAUGUAAAUUGAUAGUAUAACUACACGAAUUUACCUGGAUUUAAGUUCCCAAAAUUUAAAAUUGGCGUAAAGGAUCAUACAUGUUGGCGUAUCUCCAGCGUAGAGUUUACAUGGAAUGCACCCUGGUGCCUACACCUUAUUACAAACUUUCCAAUUCGAUAUAUGCACAACCUAUGUGUUGACAAAAAUGCCAAUUGCCAUCUCCCCAUGCUAUUGUAGAUUGUAGAGUGCAAAUCAGUGAUUUAUGUGGUGAUCAGGAUCUUCUGGUGAUAACAAUCUUCAAAAUAAUCCAAUGUCCAGUCAUUUAUCUCUCAAUCCAAUCACUUUUAAUAUUAUCUGGUUGUUUGUUAUUUUUAGUUAAGUGAGCCCUUUUUGAUGAGCAAUUUGACUGAUAUUUAUUGUAUAGACUGAUAUUUAUUGUAUAUUGAUGGAUACAAUUGCUUUUAGGGCAAAUGUUGAGUUUAAAAUAUGGUUUAACCCAUUAAGCGCUAGCGCUCUCCUCUCGACAAGUAAAAUGUUCUGGCAUUAGACAGAGUAAAAUAACAAAGUAGGGCACAAUGUGAUUCGAUGGGUUCACAAGACACAUGAGCAGAUAGGCUAGUCGCGUAAAUACGAGUGUAAAUACACCCAAUUAUAUCGAUAGACUUUUAUUACGGAAUUCGGAUAUUCAUCAAAGAGAAACCCGAUACUCAAAUACGAACUUGGUGUGUCCUAGAUUUACCAGAAAAACUGAAGUUGGCCGUACUUUUAUGGCUAGAUCCUCUAUUAAGUGGAAUACAGUAGCAUUGAUAUGGACAUGAUUAGAAAAAAGACCUCAGUGGCUAGUUUUAAGUACAAUUUAUAUAAGUCAUAUUUAGAUAAACAGAAAGCCACCAUGAUCAUGAGUCUGUAACUAUUUUAAAAAUCUUUUAACUACAUUUGCAUGUAGUAUAUAUUGUUUUACAUUCUAAAUUUUUCAACUUACUGUAGUAUAUAGUGAGGGCCACAAAGUCAUGAGUAUUAAUUUACUACUGUAAAGUGUUAGCCUCGUUAAAUAAAGCCUAUAAUAAUAAUAAUAAUAAAGUGCCAGCGCUUUUUCCUUGACGAUUAAAAUUGUAUGGCGUUAAGCCCGUUCUCCACCAGGCUAAUUUGUUCGCGCAAACAGUAAAAAAGUAGGAACUGAUCCAACUUUUUUGCGGCGAACUUUUUCGCUGACCAAUCACAUUGCCAAGAUUUGUUUUUUGCUUCGCGUCGUGCGAAAAAAUUUGCCUAGUGGAGAACGGGCUUUAGACACAGUAAAAUAAUAAAGUAGGGUGCAAUGCAAAUCAAUGGGUUAAACAAAAAUCAGUGAUCUUAUGCAUGUGUUUAAAAUUAGUGAUUUAAAAAAAUCAUGAUUUAUAUCUUUUGUUAUUAUGUAACAUCCCAUUUGUGUGUUUUGAAGUACAAAAUACUACAAACCCAUAGCCAAUUGAGAAAUAAUGUCAAAAUGUAUAAAUUGUCAAUAUAAAUUGACAAUAUUUAAAUGUUCUAUUUAGACUGAUGAACCAAUCAUAAGAUCUUUGGAACAACAAAACAUGGACAGACUGUAUCCUUUAGAGUUCAGUAAGUAACAGCUCGGCCUUACCCUUUAAAUUUUUAAGGUGGAACGUCUAUUUGGAGUCUGGAGUCUGUUUCUUAUUUUAUUUCAUGGCCGUGUAUUUAAUUCAAUUAUUUCUAGAUAGACAAAAAGAGCUUAAAAAGCUAAACCAUUCUGUACUUAUCAAUUUCCUGGAAUUACUUGAUAUCCUCAUCAACGAACCGACCUCACCAAAGGUAAAAUACUGUAUAUCAUUCAUGCGCAAUUUUGAAUUUAUGCAUAUCAAAAAUUGGUGUUUUAUUCACUGUAUACAUAUAUCAUUUAUAUCCAUUUGCAAAAAAAUUGUCAAGAAUUGGUGUUGUAUAGCAAUUUUACAUUUAGCUAGCCUAGCCUAAUUAGACCUGCCAACAAUAAGAACUGUUAUGUAAAAAUAUAAGAUUUUUCAACUUCAAACUUGGGAACUGGUCAGAAUUGUGACAAUGCCAUCUAGCCUAAAUUAUAUUUGUCUGUUUUUAGGAUGCAAAACAAUGUCAAUUUGAACUGCACUUCGAAUGUUUCAAUUUAGCUCCGUCAAUCAGUGCCUUGCACCAGACUACAAAAAUGUCACUAAAGAGAUGCAACAUUCCAGAGUUACAAAAUCUCAUAACAGGAGACAUUUCAUAACUCUGAAUGCUGUGGUCUAACUGAACUUCACAAUUUUAUUUAACCCAUAGAGUCGCAUUGCACCCUGAUGCACCCUACUUUAGUAUUUUACUCUGUCUAAUGCCAGACGAUUUUACUUGUCAAGGGGAGAGCGCUGGCGCUUAAUCGAUUAACUGGCCUAUCUGCCCAUGUGUCUAGUUAACCCAUUGAGUUGCAUUGCACCCUGAUGCACCCUACUUUAGUAUUUUACUCUGUCUAACGCCAGACGAUUUUACUUGUCAAGGGGAGAGCGCUGGCGCUUAAUGGGUUAAAUUGCUGGAAUUUUUUCUGGUUAACACUCUUACUUUUCAAAAAGCGCUUUUAGUAUAUGAUGUAAUAUUUCAAAUAUGACUAGGAGGAUUGGACUAGAUUUCAAGUCAACGCAAUUUGAUCACAUUCAAGGCGAAGCUGAGGACUGGGUCAAAAUGCAAGGAUUUGAAAUCUAGUCUAUUCUGAAUUGAAGGAUUUGAGAUGACAUCUCAUAUAAAUAAAUCGCUACUUAAUUAAUUUUGAUCUAGUCUUAGGACAGGAUCAAUAUACUUCAUCAGGUAUCCAGUUAAUUCAUGUGAGCAAAAUAAAGCAAUGAAUGAAUUAUUAUUGAGUUUGAGAAAUCUGUCAUCCUUAUAGAGAGAGAAAAAGCUUGGUGAAAUUACAGUACUGUUUAUAAACAUGCAUCAUCUCAUCAAUGAGCUCAGGCCUCAUCAGGUAAUGAAGUAUAGACUGUCAGGUAAUAAAGUAUAGACUGAUAUUUAUAUUGAUGGAUACAAAUCGACACUGGUUAUAUAAAAUUGAUAAAUUAUUGGGUUUAGGCCAGAGAGACAUUACGUGUCAUGAUGGAAAGACAGAAGCAACAACGACUAGAAACUGCUGAUAAAUUAGACAAGUAUGGUCACAGUAAACAUUUUAAUAGUUAUAUAUUGAACAAUCAUAGCACAGUCGGAAAUUACUGAUUACGAGUUGCAAUCAUCCCAAUUUCGAUCCCAAUUUAAAUUUAAACUAGUUUGACUCAUUUUGCAUGACGCUUUGUCUUUGCAAAAUGGUAGUCUCUAAAGAACUAGUUGUUUUACUUCCAUAUUAGACAGAUUUAGAUCGCGGACGUCAAAGGCGAGGUGAAAAUGGCGUGGCAUAUCCAUACCACUGAGAUCCGUACAUACAUGCAUGGGCACAACACGCCAUUUUCACGUCGUCUUUGACGUACGCGUCCUCGAUCUAAAUCUGUCUAUUAAUUGGUUAUAUAUACAGUUAGGAAAUAAAGGAACUUUUACCGAUUCUGGUUGUCUGCUGAUAACACAAUAAUUAACCAGGUUAUCAUGGCUAGCACGACGCCUACCUCCAUAAGUCUAAGGGGCUUCAAAUUCAAACGUCAAAAUAUGCACUUGAAUUAAGAAUUCUGGAAUCACACACAAAUAGUUGCGGUGUGUAAUCAUUUAGAAGUUGUCAUCUGCAACAUUAAGCUGUGAAAUCUCUGCUCAGCUGAUUAUUAUUAUUAUUUACAGAUUGGUAGAUAAGGUUCUAUCACUCGUUCAGUCAUGUUCAAUCUCACUGCAGUCUGAUCCUGCAAAUGUCAACAACAUCACAAUGAAGCAUGUAAGUGAGGCUCACUUUUGGAGUAUCUAAUCUUAUGAUCGUAACAUACUUUCCGAUUUGUAAAGUGUGACUAUAACCCAAGUAUAAUUUUUGGUUUGCGUAGUAUUUUUGUCAUUCUAAGAAGAAAUGUAAUAUAGAUGGGAUUUUUUACUAUAAAGAUACAGGUAGAUCACCUUUUUCACCGUCAAAGUUUCCAGAUAUGAUGCCAUUAGGUGAUUUUUUCAACUCGAAAGCCUUACGCUACUUUGACCGCUGUGCACAUCUGAUUACUAUAUACCUCUACAUAAUUUUUACCCUUUUGUUCCAUUUACAUUUAUGCCAUUUAUAUAAUACUUGUACAUACAGGUAGAUCAUAUUUGGGCAUUUAGGGGUUAGUGGCACUCUGAGGAGGUGCUUCUUCAUUUCUCGUAUCUUAUUUGAGGAGAAUAACAUUCGUUAAGGCUGGUUGACACUAUCAAAGUUUCUGUGAUCACAGAAGGAACAUUGCGUAGGUAAAUUCUAAGUUUUGAAAGAUUUGUGAGAAAUGUUUCAUUAUGUUUGAAGGGAACUGACCCGGUGUUUGAUACGGACUCAGUUCCUUCAAACAUUUCUUACAAAUUCUUCAUCAAAACUCAGAAUUUACCCAUGCAAAAUUCCUACUGUGAUCACAGAAACUUUGAUAGUGUAAGCCUUAGGAAUGUUCGGUAUGAGAAAUUUCCGGUAUCGGUAUACCGAAAAAAUUAUACCGAUAUUAUCGGUAUACCGGUCUUCCUGAAGGAAAUUUUGAAUAAUUCUAAAAGGGAAAACGAUCAUUUCGAAGCUGUUUCGAACAUGUUUCGAACGACACGUACUCAGUGUAAAAUCUCACUGAAGUGGAAAUUCUCAAUCAUUGCAGUAGAAAGUUCUUUGAAUUGCCAUUCAGUAGUAAAAUAAAGGUUAUGGUUUCGCCAUAUAGUUGGUAAAUUUAACACAGUAUACCGAAAAAUUCCGGUGUGUCGGGAAAAUCGGUAUAUCGGUAUGGUUGAACAUCCGGUAUCGAUAUACCAAUAUUGAUUUAAUACCGAUACAUUGAUUUAAGACCGAACAGUCCUAGUAUAUAUUGAUUUAAGACCGAACAGUCCUAGUAAGCCUUAUAUACGUAUUUUGCUUAAUAAAUAUGCAUUGUUACCACAGUUAUUGCGUAUUGUAUUUCCUUUGUACAAUAUUUUUGUCUUCUAUCAGGAUUCAAGCGAUAAAGAGAGCAACAAGACACCAAAUUUAAUAGAAGAAAGUGAACUGCAUACAUUAUGUGACAUGGUGGAAGACUUGACAUAA